AUGUCGGGUCAGUUUAAAGAUUGGCUCCGAAACCGGGUCAAUUCUCUUUUUUUACAAGGGCCACCAUUAUCACGCUUUCCAUCUUAAAAUUUAAUUUUCGAUUCUGGAGGAAUCUGAUUAUCUGGGAAGACCAGAGAAUCAAAAAGAUAUUGCGGUGCUUCAAAAGAGAUAACUUGCAACGCAGAGAUCACAUGACCCACACUCAGAGCAGGUCAAUAAUCCGGAAGUCUGAUGACUUAACUGCAUCCAUAACGAAUUUUGGAGCCACGCAAAAACUUUUUUAAAAGCAAUCUCCGGCGGGCUCUCUUAGAACCGAUCAAGUGGCCCAGAGACCCUCAAGAGCUACCGUUGAAAGGUGAUGACAAUAGCAAAGCGAAAUGAAAGUGCAUGCGAAGGUGCGCAGAGCCUAGAACCUUGGCCUUGCCUGCCUUGUUACUCUCCACAAAUCCCGAUCACACUCCCCGAGGGCUUCGCGGAUCUUCCCAUUGUUUAAUCUCCAGACUCCUUUUCGCCCUUCAAUUAGCAACUUUGCAGAAAACGAAACCUAAAAUUGCCGUCUUUUUCCCGCCAAGGAGUGGGAGACGAUGGUCCUGAGGGAAUCUAUAGCAGUGUAGAAUAGAAUUGAGAAUGGAAUAUUAAACGUAGAUAUCCCUUUGCUGUCCCUAGCAUUAUCACUUUCUAAUUUGGCCGAAUUACCUCGAUUUUUACCUGUUUCCAUUUCAGCGUUCGCUAGCAUGAUGGCCUCGUCCAUGGACGAGGACGGCAUCGGGAGCUCAGGAGAGGGCGGAGGAGGUGGAGGUGGCGGCGACGACACACGAACAGAUCUCUGGCAACAAACCCUCCAAGUAAGUUGCAGAUCGCAAACGGUUUCGAAUUAACAAUAGGACGGGUUUGUUUGUGGACCCGGAUCUGACCAACUUCUCGCCCCACCCCAAACCUGUUUAACUCGCGUAUUUUGAUGAAAUUUUACUUGCAGGCCGCUGUCGCCGCCACAAAUCAACAGGAGAAUGCGCGGAAACGGGCCCAACAGCGAAAACCCCGGAACAUGGCCAACAACGCCGUGGAGAGGACGGAACGCUCGUUGCUCUGUUUGAGGACGGCGAAUCCGAUCCGAAAGUUUGCCAUCUCCAUCACGGAAUGGAGACCGUUCGAGUACCUCAUUCUCCUAAUGAUAUGCGCCAAUUGUGUGGCGUUGGCCGUCUAUCAACCAUAUCCAGCCCAGGAUUCCGAUUCAAAGAACACCAUCCUCGUAGGUCUAGGCCGGCAUUGACCGUACAAAACGCGCUUUCAGGAGCAAGUGGAAUAUCUGUUCAUUGUUGUUUUCACUAUCGAGUGUGUUCUGAAGGUGAUUGCCAUGGGGUUUCUCUUUCAUUCGGGUGCUUAUCUACGUAAUGCAUGGAAUAUUCUCGAUUUUAUAAUUGUUGUUAUUGGGUAAGUAUUAGAACGAUAUCUUAGGCUGAUAUUGAUGAUCUCUAACCAAUGUUUUGCAGACUUAUCAGUACGGUGCUUUCCCGUAUGCACAUCCAGGGAUUCGACGUGAAGGCGUUGCGUGCGUUUCGUGUGCUACGGCCGUUGCGUCUUGUUUCGGGUGUUCCGUCACUUCAGGUCGUAUUAAACGCCAUCCUCAGAGCCAUGCUGCCUCUUCUCCAUAUUUCAUUACUGGUCAUGUUUGUCAUUAUCAUUUACGCUAUCAUAGGACUAGAAUUGUUUUGUGGCAAGCUCCAUUCGACUUGGUAGGCCUUUUCUUCGGGAAUUUUAACGUAUUUCGCAUCCAUUACAUCAUAGUCAUCAUUGCAGUGUGGAUGUUGUCACAGGAGAAUUUGCUCAAAAGGAACCAUCCCCGUGCGGUCGGGCAUCCACUGCCUAUCACUGUGAACCAGCAUCGGCUUCCGCCAAACACAGCAGUAAUGGCUGGGUAUGCUCUACAAAUACCACUUGGCAAGGACCCAACAAUGGCAUCACCAACUUCGACAACUUCGGGUUGGCCAUGUUGACGGUCUUCCAGUGCGUUUCGUUGGAAGGGUGGACUGAUGUAAUGUACUGGGUGAACGAUGCUGUAGGCAGAGAGUGGCCUUGGAUCUAUUUUGUGACUUUGGUCAUCCUCGGCUCCUUCUUCGUACUAAAUCUUGUAUUGGGAGUUUUGUCUGGAGAAUUCUCGAAAGAGCGAGAGAAAGCGCGAGCCCGGGGUCUCUUCCAAAAGUUCCGUGAAAAACAACAAUUGGAAGAAGACCUCAAGGGAUAUCUCGACUGGAUCACCCAGGCCGAGGAUAUUGAACCUGUCAACGACGACGAUCAAGUAGAGGAUGAACAACAACAAUUCCGUGAGUGCUUUCAUUGAACAUGAAGUCUUACUGUCAUCUUUGAUUUAGAAUUGAAUGAAGAGGAUGAUGUGGAGGGCGAAGAAAGGGCCGAUGAAAAGAAGCCUCCCAUUUGCGGGGCCCAGAUCCGAACAUUUCAACGAAUCAAUCGACGAUGUCGACGUGGGUGCAGACGUCUCGUCAAAUCUCAAGGGUUUUAUUGGCUGGUUAUCAUUCUGGUGCUGCUGAAUACUUUGGUGCUCACCUCGGAGCAUUACGGACAAGAUCCUUGGUUGGAUGACUUCCAAAGUAAGUCUGCUUUUGCAAUGUUCUAGACUAAUGCCAAUUUGGUUUAGCUGCUGCCAAUCUUUUCUUUGUAAUUCUUUUCUCAAUGGAAAUGUUCCUCAAGAUGUAUUCUCUGGGUUUCAAUACGUACACGACGUCACAAUUCAAUCGCUUCGAUUGUUUCGUUGUUAUCUCGUCGAUCUUGGAGUUCAUCCUUGUGUAUUUCGAGUUGAUGAAACCACUGGGCGUGUCUGUGUUACGUUCAGCUCGCCUUCUGAGAAUCUUCAAGGUCACAAAGUAUUGGACAUCUCUCAGAAACCUGGUAUCAUCGCUGUUGAACUCGCUGAGGUCGAUUAUGUCCUUGUUGUUACUGCUCUUCUUGUUCAUCGUUAUCUUCGCUUUGCUUGGAAUGCAAGUUUUUGGAGGGAAAUUCAACUUCAAUCCAAUGCAGCCCAAGCCCAGAGCCAAUUUCGAUACUUUUAUUCAGGCGCUUCUUACAGUAUUUCAGGUAAUUUUAGCUUCCCUUAACUUUAUUUGAUAUUCAGAUUCUAACUGGUGAAGAUUGGAAUACAGUAAUGUACAACGGUAUUGAAUCGUUUGGAGGUGUGGGAUCAAUGGGAAUGAUGGUAUCCAUCUACUUUAUUGUUCUCUUUAUCUGCGGUAACUACAUCUUGUUAAACGUUUUCUUGGCCAUCGCCGUCGACAACUUGGCUGAUGCUGACAGUUUAACGAACGCAGAAAAAGAAGAAGAGCAGACAGAAAUGGAAGUGGAAGAAGCGGAAGACGAGUAUGAUGAUGAGAAAUAUGAUGAGAAUGGAAAUGAGGAGAUGAGAAUUCGACCGAAUGACGUCAAAGAUGGAGAAGGAUCAGAUGCGGAGGGCAAUGAGGACGAGCCGGUUGGCCCUCGACCUCGCCGAGUCUCCAAUCUGCCCUCGAGCAAGAAUGUGAAACCCAUUCCCAAGGCGUCUUCCUUAUUCAUCCUCAGUCAUUCGAAUCCAUUCCGGGUGUUCUGUAAUAAGAUUGUCAACCACACUUAUUUCACAAACUCCGUGCUUGUUUGUAUCCUCGUUUCAUCAGCUAUGUUGGCGGCCGAGGAUCCCCUUGAAGCAGGAAGUUACAGGAAUCAGAUUCUAAACUACUUUGACUACUUCUUUACAACUGUUUUCACUGUUGAAAUCACGCUCAAAGUUGUUGUAUUCGGAUUGGUUUUGCAUCAGGGAUCUUUCUGCCGUAAUGCAUUUAAUUUACUUGAUAUUUUGGUUGUGGCGGUUUCCUUAAUUUCAUUCGUCCUCAAAUCAGGCAAGUUAUCAUGUACAUUUUAUUGAGUUCGAUGUUUAGACGCCAUCUCCGUGGUCAAGAUUCUUCGUGUCCUGAGGGUGUUAAGACCUCUCCGUGCCAUCAACCGCGCCAAAGGUCUCAAACACGUCGUGCAAUGUGUGAUUGUGGCUGUGAAGACCAUCGGUAACAUCAUGUUGGUCACGUUCAUGUUGCAAUUCAUGUUUGCCAUUAUUGGAGUCCAAUUGUUCAAGGGCACCUUCUUCUCUUGCAAUGAUCUCUCCAAAAUGACUGCUGCUGAAUGUCGAGGAGAAUUCAUAACAUACGAAGACGGAGAUCCGACAAAACCGUUGAGAAUGGAAAGGGAAUGGACCAGAAAUGACUUCAACUUUGACAAUGUGAUGGAUGCCAUGAUCUCCUUGUUUGUCGUAUCAACAUUCGAGGGAUGGCCAGAGUAAGCAGAAUAUUUGUGAUCGCUCAUGUCACUCACUUUAGCUUGUUAUACGUUGCAAUCAAUUCUAACGAGGAAGACAAAGGUCCGGUUUACAAUGCCAGGCAGGCUGUUGCCAUCUUCUUUAUUGCAUUUAUCGUUGUCAUCGCCUUUUUCAUGAUGAAUAUCUUCGUCGGUUUCGUCAUCGUUACUUUCCAGAAUGAAGGAGAACGUGAAUACGAAAAUUGUGAAUUGGAUAAAAAUCAAGUAGGCCCUUUUUUAUGACGGUCUUACCCACAUUAACAAAUCAACUGUAAUAAUCCGUAAAUUUUAGCGCAAAUGCAUUGAAUUCGCUUUAAAAGCGAAGCCCCAUCGUCGUUACAUCCCGAGAAACAGAUUCCAAUACCGGGUUUGGUGGUUCGUUACAUCUCAAUUCUUUGAAUACGCCAUAUUCAUCAUAAUCUUGCUGAACACGACUACUCUGGCCAUGAAGCAUUACCCUCCAGAUAUCCAGAUGGAUAACGUUCUCGAUAUUCUGAAUCUUCUCUUCACGGGAGUCUUUGCGUUUGAAGCAUUGUUUAAAAUCAUCGCGUUAAAUCCGAAGAACUACUUUGGUGAUCGCUGGAAUGCUUUUGAUUUCGUCAUCGUUCUGGGCUCUUUUAUCGACAUUAUCUAUGGCAAGCUGAGUCCCGGUUCCAAUAUUAUUUCCAUCAACUUCUUCCGUUUGUUCCGCGUGAUGAGAUUGGUCAAAUUACUAGCGAGAGGAGAGGGCAUCAGGACCCUUUUGUGGACAUUCAUGAAGUCAUUCCAGGUAAAUUUUGAGGUUUGCUCUACAAAAACUUCGUUGUGCACAUCUGUAAUCAAAUAUUGCUUUAGGCUCUCCCAUACGUCGCUCUUUUGAUCGUAUUACUCUUUUUCAUUUAUGCUGUCAUCGGAAUGCAAGUUUUUGGUAAAGUGGCCUUAGAUGAUGACACGGAGAUUCAUCGGAAUAACAACUUCCACACUUUCCCUGCGGCUGUUUUGGUGCUCUUCAGAUCAGCCACUGGAGAAGCUUGGCAAGAGAUCAUGUUAUCUUGUUCCGAUCGACCGGAUGUGACUUGUGAUCCCUCAUCCGAUGACUACAAGAAUGAUCCCACUGCAUUAUGCGGUGUCGACUUCGCCUAUCCAUACUUUAUCUCCUUCUUCAUGUUGUGUUCAUUCUUAGUUAUCAACUUGUUCGUGGCUGUCAUCAUGGAUAACUUUGACUAUCUUACUCGAGAUUGGAGUAUUCUGGGUCCUCACCAUCUCGAAGAAUUUGUGAGAUUGUGGUCGGAAUAUGAUCCUGAUGCCAAGGGAAGGAUCAAACAUCUUGAUGUAGUUACCCUGCUGCGGAAGAUCUCCCCGCCACUCGGAUUUGGCAAACUUUGUCCUCAUCGUUUGGCUUGCAAGGUAAUUUACCGAAACUUUUAGUAAAUAACGAGUAAGGGAAACUGACGGCCCUCUUCUUUCGGGUGGGAGACUUUUCGGUCCUCGCCUUUUCGGGUCAUGGGCUUUCCGGGUGGGAACUUUUCGGGUGACGAGUAAAAAAUUGUAAAAUCAAAUGCUACUGAUGACGCAAAUUGUAGAUAAUUUUAAAAAAGCAUUUAUCCGUUUUUGGGGUCUUCGACAGCGGGGAUCGACGAUUGGGGAAAAAGGCAAUCGGAGAAACUGAAAAGUAUAAUUUUUCUUCGAUGUAAGUGUCGAAAUUAGGAUAAUCGAUGGUGCUGAAUUUGAAAAUGACAUUGAUUUUUUGAUCGUUACUUUUUCCUUAAGUAGUAAUGUUUUGAACUUUUUUCACAAAAAAUCGAUUAAGGCGUUUCCGAUAGUGCUGAUUCCGAAAGUCUUAUUCAUUUUUUCUAUUUGAAAUCAACACCGUCGAAAGCCCUAAAUCCAGUAUUGACGAAAAAAGUUUAAAAAAAUACUACUGUACAGAUGGAGAGGGUGGAAAAGGUCGAGAGCAAUACAAAUUAUUAUUAAAAUUAUUAACGGUACUAUUAACACUAAUGACAAAGAAUUUUCACAUGGAUUGUCCUUCCAGGUUUUUUUAAAAAUUAUCUACAAUUUUGCGUCAUCAGUAUAAUUUGAUUUUACAUAUUUUUUACUCAUCACCCGAAAAGUCCCUACCUGAAAACCCCGAGACCCGAUAAAGUACCACCCGAAAAUGCGAGGACCGAAAGUCUCCCACCCGAAAAGGCGGGGCGGAAAAGUCCUGACCCUGCGAGUAACAUUGCUACUGAUAUAUCAUAAUAUUAAAGUGUGUUUCUUUAGCGUCUUGUGUCAAUGAAUAUGCCUCUAAAUAGCGAUGGUACUGUAUGUUUCAAUGCUACCCUCUUUGCCUUGGUUCGAACGAAUUUGAAAAUUUAUACGGAAGGAAACAUCGACGAAGCCAACGAACAAUUAAGAGCUGCCAUUCGCCGAAUCUGGAAGAGAACUCCCAUAAAGAUGCUGGAUGAAGUCGUCCCUCCAGCAGGACGUAAGUUGAUUCUUGCAGACUUCAUGUUCAAUGACCGUUAUAGGAGGAGAUGAUGUAACCGUCGGAAAAUUCUAUGCCACUUUCUUGAUCCAGGAUUAUUUCCGUCGAUUCAAGAAGCGCAAGGAAUUGGAGUCCAAGGGUGUAAUCCCUGUUCAAAACACCCAAGCUAUGGCAUUGCAGGUAGACCGAUUAUCAAAAAUUGAAUUCGGACGUAGUGGAUUGCAAUUCAACAUUACCGUUAAUUUAGGCUGGUCUCCGAACUCUGCACGACAUUGGUCCCGAAUUGAAACGAGCCAUCUCUGGGAAUCUGGAAACAGACUUUGUGAACGAGCUGGAAGAGCCUCAACACCGGGUCAGUCCUCUGUUUUGUUUGCCCAAGUUAUCCUAUCUCCUCUUAUCGAAUGCCAUUUUCCGGGGGCCCUGACCUUUUGAUGCCUUUUUGUAUGAAUUCGGCCGUCCAACGAAAUUAGGGUCCUUGGAAGAAAGGCCCUCUGGGCAAUUUUGCGGCCGACAAAUUAAGCGCCGGGAAUUCUUGUUUUAACGGCGCCCUCCUUUUCAGCGGACUCAUUCCCUUUUCAACAACAUCGUGAAUGCGUUGAGCGGAUCCAAUCAGCCGGGCAGUACUAGCGGCGCCGGCUCUUCGUCCAGCGCCACCGGUCCCCGGCACCACCAUCAUAACCAUCACCCCUACGAGAAGGAGGAACGGAAGCUCUUGCCUCUCAAGAGUAAGUUCUUGCUGCGCAAGUCCGGCCUCAACUCGGACUACGAGCUGGAGCAAGGUACACUUGACCGUCUUCUUCCCACCCGUCCCAGUAAUUUCAGUCUUCCCUUCUUCUAGUCUUUCAACGUAGAUUGUAAAUACCUCCGUUUGGUGUUCUCUUCAAGUUUGUGUUCGUUUUCCACUUUUACUAUUGUUUUAUUUGGUAUUAUUUUGACGUUUUCUCGGAUCACCAGCUAUACGCACUACUCAUGUACUACUACUUAAAUGUACCUCGUCGGAAAUUAUGAUCCAUAAUUGUUGUAGCACCGUACUUUUUGAUGACCAGAGUUUUUGGCAUGGCCAUAAUUUCCGAACGGGUUUCUUGUGCUCAGGAUUGAAUCAUCCGGUUUGUGGUGUUUUGCGAUUCCACUAAUUUAGAUACCCAACCUCACCUUUGUUUGUUACACUGGAUUGGUGAAAGCAUCGUCGGUGUUCGCUGUACGUUUGUAAAUAUUCCAUUCACUUUUAUAUGUUAAAUAAAAUGUAUCUCAAGUGAAUGAAAGGCGACAACAUCGCCACUAACAUUGUUCAUUUAAUUGUUGUGUUGUGAAAAAGUUUAAAUGGAUGUAGCAGAAGACAAAGGGAGGACCAGGUACACUGGGUAUGUCAUUUGUUUAUGCAUGAACAGCCAGACGUAAGUUGAAGAAGUAAGAUUCGUGUGGAUGGGUGCUCAGUGCAGCACGCAACAUUGGGACGAACCUGUCCUCGAUGCCAUAAACUUUCGUCUUCAUUGGAUCUCGGCCUCAUUCUUAUGGCUUUAUUCUUUUUUUUGUCGUCUUUCCCAUGAGAGCCAAUUUCCGACCUCAGAAUUUCAAAUCGUAUUCAAUUUCGUUUUUUUAGUGGAUGGUCUCUCGCCAACACAUUCCAUAGCCGCGGCGGAUACGAUCAGCAACGAGCAUUUCCGUCUCCACCGGGGAAUGCCAACUAAUAACAGCAUUAAUAUUCCGACUCAAGUAAGUUCAUCAAGACUGAACUUUUAACACUUAUACUAUUUAUUUUAGAACAACAUAUAUCAUAACGAAAAGCAACCACUAGUCCAAAAUCAAGCCCGCUAUGGAAAAGCCAAUGGGGGACCGGUAACUGGUAGGAAGCUUCCCAAUCUGGCCAAACUGUAUGGCCGCGGUGCUGAUCGCCACUUCCAUACCUCCUCCACGGAAUCUCAACAACCUUUAAAUCCUUCUCACGACUCGAGAGACUCCUCCCUAGGUCCGCAGAGACCGGUCGACCCGGCUAGGAGGUUCAUUUUCGCAAACCGAACGUAAGCACCAACUAAUGCAUAAACAAUCCAAUGUCCAUAUUAUAUUCAAUUUUCGUAUUUUAGAAUGCCACCGGAAUCUGAUGACGAAGAUUAUUUUGAAAGGAGGAAAAGGAUUGAUGCUAUGGAGAGGAUGGAAGAACAUGAGAGAAAUCGACCACCCAUCCAAGAGCCUCUUCACCUGGCCAGAAACCAAGCCUUUGCCAUAGCCGGUCUUCAAUCAGAGACCGAGUAUGACAUGCAAUCCCCCACCCAUUCUCGGAUUGGGGGUUACGGCUUAAUGGACGGAAUUAUCGAUGAUGAUAGCAGAACUUAUCGACCGGUGCCUGAGGGAAAAUCAGUCCGACUUCCUCACACAGACAGUCGACGGACUUUAUUCAGACCAGCUGAACCCGAUGAAUAUUACGGAUACGAUCAGACAUGCCAACCCGUCCAAAGACAACUGCCAAAUCAUAACCAACGACCACAUCCGGCUGACCAACUGGUCAGAGAUGCCCUGCAAACUAGUCUAGGAAGGUAUAUGGAUCCGCAGGUGGUCGAGGUGGCCCGAAGAGAAUUAGCGGAAGCCUACGAACUGGAUGAUCGACAGCUUCAUACAGCAGCCCAAUAUACUCUCGCCAAUCCAAGUUAUCUAGAACAUGUUGGUGGUAUUCGACCCGAGGAAAUCAACGAUUUCAACCAGUACUCCCAACAAUCCCUUCUCCGUCGUGCUGAUCCUCAUCAUCCUCAUGGAACCACAAUCAGCAACGCAAACGGAUCCUCGAAAGACGAGGAUCUUCUUCUAGUUACCACCUUGUAA